CUUGAUCUAUAUCUAUGCUACGGUCAAUCCAGGCAUUGCCAUACUCUUUCAGAAGAGCCCAGCUCAUCUGCGGAAGGAGGAGGUUUGCUCACUCUGCUAAGUGGUUUGCAUCAUAUGCGAAAUCGCCAGCUAAGUCUUCUGGCAAGCCCAAGAUAAUCUCGAGCGAAGAAAAAGUAUAUAAGUUUGGAAAUGGCCCAGCCCUCAAAACCUUCGACAAAGAGGAUCUACGGGGUUUGUCUGGACUCUACGAACGAGUGCAAGAAUUUUAUCAGCUCAAGUUACUUCCGGAAGUGAGAUCAGCAAUGAUAGAAGAGCUGAAAGAGAAUACGGUUCUUAAGUCCCAGAACUACAUGAGUCCAAACCGGAAAAAACUAUCGGAGUCUGAGCUGAAUGGCCUUGUGAUACGACCUACGAACAUCCAAAAAGCUGCUAUCAAGAUUAUUAAUGGCACCCCCAAAACCCACAAGCUACUAAAUCCUUAUAUACUGGCUGGAGAAACGGGAUCGGGGAAGACGUGGGCAUACUUGGCACCACUUUUGCAAAAAUUGCGAGAGUUCUAUAUUGCAGAGGGGCAUGAACAGUCCAAUAAGCCCGGAAUACGAAGUGUUAUUCUACUUCCAACCCACGAACUGGUUGACCAAGUCUUCAAAACUGUGGAACAUACCAAAAAUACCUUAGGCACGAAAGUGGCUCUGUGGGACUUGGACUCGAACUUCAAGGAUUUUAUGGAUAGUUAUAGACAAGGAAUUGACGUUCUGGUCACCACCCCAGGGAAACUGGCGUCUUUGGCAAAAUAUGAUGAUAUUCAAAACCUCAGACAGUUGCUGAAAAAUGUCAGCUUUUGUGUGGUGGACGAGGCAGAUACACUCAUGGACGAAUCUUUUAUCGAGGAUACCUAUGACCUGCUGAAAAAAAUGAACGGCUUGCGUCACUUGGUCUUCGUCACGGCAACCAUCUCCUCCUCGCUGAGAAAAGUGGUUAAGUCAUUGUUCCCGGACUUUGUUCCAAUCACCACUCCAUCGCUCCACAAGAUCCCUAAGGCAAUUGAGGUCCGUGUGAUAGACGCCAAACCCAAACCUUAUAACGGGUCGCGGUUAAAAGCACUGGCUCAAGUUCUUUACGCUAUCCAUUGUGAUGGAACAGAGCCGGGUUAUGAAAAGAGAGUUGUCGUCUUCGUUAACGAGAAAAAGCAAGCUCCGAUUUUGGCCCAGCAGCUCAGAGAGAGAUACAAACAUGAUGUAGAGAGCAUGACGUCAGAUGACACUCCUGAGGAUCGAAGACGAAUUCUAGAGCCUUUCAUUAGUCCACCCCAGCCACUGAAGGAUCCUUCCAAGCCAACAUUGAAAGUGCUCAUAUGCACAGACCUCAUGUCCAGGGGUAUCAAUUUCCGCGGCGUGCGUAACGUGGUACUUUACAAUAUUCCAAAUAUGACCUCGGAUCUGGUCCAUAGAAUGGGACGGACAGGCAGAAUGAACCAAUCGGGAAGAGCGUUUCUGAUUCUGGAAGAUAAAAGCGCUCCUAAUACCAAGGGACUUGCGAAGGUGUUGCGUAAUAACAGACGUUUGGCGUAAACGAUAUUUGUACGUAGAUCAAGUAUUUUCAAGACUCAUGAAGGUAGUAGGCCAAUGGAGCCGAUUUUUGAGUAUCCAAGGAUGUUUGCCGAUUUCCGAAAGUUUGAAGCGCUUCUCUGGCUCGUACUUCAGCAACUUGCGGAUAAGGUCGGCGGCAUCUGGUGAGACAAAAGACGGAAUGCGAAGGUCCACUUUUGCGAUGCGUUUAUACGUGGUGCUUGAGUUCUGCUCUUCGAAAGGAGGCCUGCCAACCAGAAACUCAUACAGUAGGAUGCCCAGUGCCCACACGUCCACUUUUUCGUCGUGGGUUUUGGCUUCCACCAUUUCUGGUGGUAGGUAAUCUAAAGUGCCGCACAUGGUCGUUCUUUUGGAAUGCCCGGGAGCGUAAACGCUCCACCCAAAAUCCGAGAGUUUGAUUUGGUUGUUGAAAUGAAGCAGUAUAUUUUCCGGUUUGAGGUCUCUGUGAACGAUAUGUUUUUUGUGUAAGUAGCUGAGCGCGCUGGCGACUUGGAAGGUGUAGUAGGACGCGGUGACGUCAUCAAACCGCCGUUUGGAUUUGAGCACUUUAUACAACUCCCCUUCAGCCGCGUAUUCCAGAAUCAGGUACACGUUCUUCUGAUCGUGAAACCAGCCAUACAAACGUAAACAGUUCACAUGGCGCACGUUUGCCUGUAUCUCGAUUUCUCUGACGAAUUGUUUCUCGACCUUAUAGUUUAGCAGUUCGCAUUUGUCCAUGACCUUCAGUGCACACACAAACCCCGUUGCGAUCUCCCGUACACAGUAGACCUUACCAAACUUACCUUUUCCCAGUUUACGACCGAGCUCGAAAUCACUGAUCUUCCAAUUCUUAUGGAGCUGUCUGGGCAAAGAUUCCAUGGGGGUCGACUUGCGUAGUGACAGACGGUUGAAUACGGAGCUGUGAGAGUCCAUAGAUCUGCGCACUGGAGACUUGGUGGGCCAAAAAGGACUUU